UGGAGUCUGUUCUUCCUGCAGGGGCCUCCUUGGCUGCCACUUUUCUGAGAUGACCAGUGAGGUUUAAACCUUUAGUUUACCAGCUCACUUCUAGAUUGGUGGUUAAAGUUUGACAUUCCAUCCAAAUACUGGUGUACUCUGACAUGGUCUUCAUUUUCCCAUAGGCCCUGAUCCAUCUAAUUUCCUCCUGAAAAAAGACCUGAACCCUCACAAAGCCACAGAGAAUGGACAUUAAAACCUGUGAAUGGAGGAGAAGGAACCAAGACAUGAAGAAACAGAUAUGCAAGGCCAGGAGGUGAGACAGGGAGGAAACUGGAGGUGUUGCUUUCCACAGACUGCUGAGGUAAUGCUGCUGUAUCUGUCUGGGGGCAUCCAAGUCGGGACCUAAAUCAGCAAGGCCACUAUGGCUGGGAAAGACGUUGGAAAGGAAGCUGUUACUUAUUUCCCCAGAGAAGGCCUUUUUCCUAAGUAUGCUGAGAAGUCAUUGGAGGGUUUGAAUGGGCAGCAUGGCACCUGUGACUUAUAAAUGGUUCUCUGGCUUCUACCUGGAGAAAUCACCACGAAGGGGCAAAAGUAGAGGCAAGGAAGCCAAACAAUAAAGUUAUUGGUCAGUCAAGAUAAAGAUGGCUCAGAUCAUGGCAAGGGCAGUGGAAACAGAGAAAUGUCCGCAGGGAAGUCAGCAGGUAGAAUGGCUGAGGUUUGCUGCCACACUCCUUUAAGGAUGGGACAAAGGGAGCUCUAAAGACGGACUCCAGGAUUUGCCAAGACCUGCAGCCCAGAAACAGGAGCAGGUGUGGUGAAUCGGGGAGAUCACAACUUUAUGUUUAGGAUCUAGGGUGUGUCCUGAGGGAGUCAGACACAAUGACUUGAUCCUGGAACUGAGAGGUACUGUCUGUCCUGGAAAAUUAAUGACGUUGGAAUUCAGAUGAACAGCCCAAGGACAGGUCAACCACUCCUCUCAAGUGAGAAAAGAGCCAGUACCUUCCACAGGCAGCUGCUGAAGACCAGGGUUGCAGGAUGUUUGCUCUGUUAAUGCUGGGGAUGGUGUUUCUGUCCUCCCUGUAUUGGGGUGACCUUCUUGAACAUGAAGAUCUUGGAACAAUGUGCUAUAAAUGUAACAAAUAUCAUCUUGGGUUAUGCUAUGAAGUCAUGAGUUCCUGCACACUGAAGCAUAGACAGUCUUGUGCUGCUGAGAACAUUUACGUACUCACAACGAAAGGGCAGAGCAUGUAUCAUUACUCAAGACUGUCGUGUAUGACCAACUGUGAGGACAUCAACUUCCUGAGUUUUGAAAAGAGGACAGAGCUCAUCUGUUGCAAACAUAGUAACUAUUGCAACCUCCCCAUGGGACCCUAGUUCCGAGUUUCCUAUGGAUUUGUGGUCAUUCUUCAACUUACUACCCACUCCCUUUCCCCCAAAGUCUGUAUUUGCUCUCCUCUCCUACUCCUAACUAAUGGUAAGUGAGAAAGUCAUCUGGCACUGAAAAGGGAAGUAGUCAUAGGAGAAAUUGGGCUGGAAGCUCAGCGUCAAUGCCAAGCAAAUCUUUGCAAAUUCUUGUUCUCCCAUCUGGCAGGGCACUUCGGCUCACUGACAAUGCUCCUUGUUGUGAGUAGGCUCAGAAUUAGUGAUCUCUUAUAUGAAAACAUAAAGUCUUGGGUCAAAAAUCAUAUCUACACUUUGUACAGGAAAACCUGUGAGUAUGCUGUCUUGGUCUGCACCAAGUCCUCUGAGUUGGGAUUCUCUUUGGACUAUCUCUUCCUGGCUCAGUACUUUUGACCCAUGGAUUCUGGAGAUAGGGAAGGUGUGGGCCCUGCUUCCCAAUUUGCUGAUGUUCUGAGACAAAUUUUUGUCUAGUAGAUUUCAUGGGGGAAAUCUCCGGUGAGAAAAACCUAAACAAACAGAAAGAUUAAACAACAAAACUUUAGGAA